GAAAAAAGCUACUUCUAUACGGCAUAGAUGAAAGCUUGGUGAGAGAGAGAGGGAGAGAGUUCAGUUCAAACCUUGGCUCUGGCACGCAUCAUCGUCAAACCCAUUUGCUAAAUUAAAUGGCAUGAUCUUUUUUACUAGUGGAAAAACUGUGGAAUUCAACAAUCCCAUUCUAGUCUGCUCUGUUUUUGUCCUUUACCCUUUUGCCUAAUUGCCUCAUUGUUGCUUUUCUUUUUCACUCCCUCAUCUUGGGUUGUAAUGGAUGGCCUCUUCCUUUCUUUCUAAACCCCCUCUAUUGAAAUUUGGUGUUGGUGUUUGUAAAUACAGUUCACCAUGAUUCUAGUAUGGGUACUGAUAUUUAUGGUUUUUAACAAUGGAUAUAUUUCCAAUGGAAUUAGUACAAAUAGUUCUAAAAGACCUGAUGUUGUGAACAUUGGGUCGAUAUUCACUUUUAAUUCUGUAAUCGGCAAAGUUGCUAAAAUUGCCAUUGAAGCUGCAAUCGAAGAUGUGAAUUUCGAUCCAACAAUCCUUGGAGGAACCAAACUGAAACUCACAAUGCACGAUUCAAACUUUAGCGGAUUUAUGGGUAUCGUAGAAGCUUUACAAUUCAUGGAGACCGAAACAGUGGCAAUCAUUGGCCCCCAAUCUUCUGUUUUAGCUCAUGUGAUUGCGCAUAUUGCUGAUGAACUCCAAGUCCCUCUAUUAUCCUUUGCAGCAACAGACCCGACCUUGUCUUCACUUCAGUAUCCGUUCUUUGUGAGAACAACACAGAAUGAUCUGCACCAAAUGGCUGCAAUUUCAGAGAUUGUUGAGUACUAUGAAUGGAGAGAAGUGAUUGCAAUCUAUGCUGAUGACGAUGAUGGGAGGAAUGGGAUAGCUGCAUUAGCUGAUCAACUUGCCACAAAACGUUGUCAGAUCUCUUACAAAGCACCUUUGCAUGCUCAACCGAGCCGAACUGACAUCACAGAUGUAUUGGUUAAGGUGGCUUUAGCCGAGUCUCGGAUUAUUGUUAUUCACGCUUCUCCGGGUUGGGGUCUUGAUGUACUUGCCGUGGCAAGUUAUCUUGGAAUGAUGGGAAGUGGGUAUGUUUGGAUAGCGACAAAUUGGCUCUCGACUGUUGUGGACACUAGUUCUCCGCUCCCUUGGGGAACAAUGGAAAAUAUGCAAGGGCUUAUCACGCUGCGAAUGUACACUCCAGAUUCGGAGCUAAAACGAAACUUUGUUUCUCGGUGGAACAACUUGACAAGUAACCAAACAGCUAAUGGCCCAAUCGGGUUGAAUACUUAUGGUCUAUAUGCCUAUGACACUGUUUGGAUGCUUGCACAUGCAAUUGAUGCUUUUUUUGAUCAGGGAGGAAACGUUUCGUUUUCAAAGGAUUUGAAGUUAAACAGUCUAAGUGGAGGGAAUUUGCAUUUAGAUGCUAUGAGCAUCUUUGAUGGAGGAUAUUUAUUACGCGACAGCGUUUUACAAGUCAAUUUGACUGGUUUAACCGGACCUAUCAGGUUUGAUUCAGACAAAUCCCUCAUUCGUCCUGCAUAUGAAGUAAUCAAUGUGAUUGGCACGGGCAUUAGGACGAUUGGUUAUUGGUCUAAUUACUCUGGGUUAUCGAUUGUGCCUCCAGAAAUUCUCUACACAAAGCCACCUAAUCGUUCCAGUUCGAGCCAACAACUAUAUGGCGUAAUCUGGCCUGGGGAAACAACAGAUAAACCUCGUGGGUGGGUUUUUCCAAACGAUGGAAGGCAAUUGAAAAUUGGAGUCCCGAACCGAGUUAGUUAUCGUGAAUUCAUAGCAGAAGUGCCAGGCACUGAUAUGUUCAAAGGGUACUGUAUUGAUGUUUUCACUGCUGCCCUAAACUUGUUGCCAUAUGCAGUUCCAUAUAAGUUAAUACCAUUUGGAGAUGGCAUUGAAAACCCAAGUUGCACUGAGCUUGUGCGCUUGAUCACAGCAGGGGUCUAUGACGCUGCAAUAGGUGACAUUGCGAUCAUCACUAACCGAACAAAGAUGGCAGAUUUUACACAACCAUAUGUUGAGUCUGGGCUAGUCGUAGUGGCACCAAUUCGGAAAUUGAACUCUAGCACUUGGGCAUUCUUGAGGCCAUUUACUCCGAAGAUGUGGGGCGUCACGGCUAUUUUUUUCCUUAUUGUGGGAGUAGUUGUAUGGAUUUUGGAGCAUAGGAUAAAUGAUGAAUUCCGUGGCCCUCCCAGGAGACAAAUUGUCACUACUCUAUGGUUUAGCUUUUCAACUCUGUUCUUUGCCCAUAGAGAAAACACAGUCAGCACGCUCGGUCGCCUGGUGCUUAUCAUAUGGCUAUUUGUGGUUCUAAUAAUCAAUUCGAGCUACACUGCCAGUCUGACCUCAAUCCUCACAGUACAACAGCUUUCUUCACCCAUUAAAGGGAUGGAGAGUUUAAUAACAAGCAAUGAUCCCAUCGGCUACCAACAUGGUUCAUUUGCCCAGAUGACACUGUUUGGAUGCUUGCACCAUGAAUCUAGACUCAUUCCUCUUAACUCACCAGAAGAUUAUGAGAAAGCCUUACAAAAAGGUCCAAAGAAAGGUGGUGUCGCUGCUGUUGUUGACGAGCGGGCGUAUAUAGAACUCUUCCUCUCAACCCGUUGUGAAUUCAGUAUCGUAGGUCAAGAGUUCACCAAAAAUGGAUGGGGAUUUGCCUUCCCACGUGACUCGCCAUUAGCAGUCGACAUGUCAACAGCCAUUCUGAAAUUGUCCGAAAAUGGUGAACUCCAACGAAUACACGACAAAUGGCUGAUAGGAAGUGCUUGCAGUUCACAAGGGGCAAAGCUUCAAGUGGACCGUCUUGAACUCAAAAGCUUUUCAGGGCUCUUUCUCAUAUGUGGAUUAGCUUCUUUACUCGCGCUUUUCAUAUAUUUCAUGCUGAUGGUACGUCAGUUCAGCCAGCAUUACGUUGAUGAGUCCGAGUCUUCUGGAAGCUCCCGAUCGGCACGUCUUCAGACGUUCCUCUCAUUUGUCGAUGAAAAGGAAGAGACUGUGAAAAACCGAUCCAAGAGAAGGCAGCUGGAGAGGGCUUCAAAUAGAGGGAAUGGGGAAGAUGAUUCAACAAAUGCUUCCAAGAAAAGUCGUACAGAAAAAAGUGUUAGUUUUAGCAUUGAAGUAAAUUAGUUUCAUCCAGAACCAAGGUAUACAAAUUUUUAAAUUUUUUUUUUAUUUUUAUUUUCACAAUCUACUGUAAUAUUGGGAAUUCUAUUACUAUAGCUAUAACUAUGUUGGUCCUCUGGAA